GAUUGGGCAGAGGGCGGGCCUGCCUGCCAGCCGCGGCCGCCUCAUUGACUCCGAUUGGACGGAGGACGCAUCGGCCGUCCAGCCCCACCCCUGCCUGCGUCGGCCCCGAUUGGUCGGGCGAUCCCGUUGGUCUUCCAGCCCCGCCCCCCCCCACUGUCCCUGGCUCCGAUUCGACGGUCCUCCAGCCCCGCCCUCAAGCUUCCCACCGUCAGCCGCGCCGCGCCGCGAGGCCGGGCAUGCGCGCUGCCCCUCACCAGCUCGAGGACGACCCGUUGCGACGGGUGUUUAGAACACAAGGAUUCACAGACGGGAAACUCGGAAUCAAGCUGUGCGCCAAGAUCGGGACCUCAAUAUCCUGGGCCUUUGUGCGUAACAUUUGGAAAUGUUUGCCCGGUCUGUGUGCGGGGAAACAUCUCAAGGAGCCAAUGGAGAAACCGUGGAAGUGUGAGGACUGUGGGAAAGGGUUCAAUUACCCAUCCCUGCUGGAGAGCCAUCGGCGGAGCCACACUGGAGAGAGGCCGUACACCUGCUCCGUGUGUGGGGAAGGGUUCACUCAGUCGUCUGGCCUCUGGUCGCACCAGCGGAUUCACAGCGAGCAGAAGCUGUUCCACUGCGGCGCCUGCGGGAAGGGGUUCCGGCACUCGUCCGCCCUCACCGUGCACCGGCGCACCCACACCGGCGAGAGGCCGUUCACCUGCUCGGCGUGCGGGAAGGGCUUCUCUCAGUCCUUCCACCUGCAGACCCACCAGCGGGCCCACACCGGGGAGAGACCGUUCACCUGCUCCGAGUGCGGGAAGGGAUUCGCGCUGUCGUCCCACCUCCUGUCGCACCAGCGGGUCCACACCGAGGAGAAGCCCUUCGGCUGCGCCGCCUGCGGGAAGCGGUUCCGGCAUUCGUCCGCCCUGGGCCUGCACCAGCGCACCCACACCGGCGAGAGGCCGUUCACCUGCUCCGAGUGCGGGAAGGGCUUCACGGUCCUGCCCACGCUGCUGAGGCACCAGCGGGUCCACACCGAGGAGAAGCCCUUCGGCUGCGCCGCCUGCGGGCAGAGGUUCCGGCAGCCGUCCAACCUGACGGCGCACCGGCGCACCCACACCGGGGAGAGGCCGUUCGCCUGCCCCGCCUGCGGGAAAGGGUUCACCCGCUCUUCCAACCUCGCCGCCCACCAGCGGGUCCACACCGGCGAGCGGCCGUUCGCCUGCCCCGUGUGCGGGAAGGCCUUCACCAAGUCUUUCAACCUGCUGACCCACCAGCGGACCCACGCUCCGGAGCGGCCGUUCGCCUGCCCCCGUGUGCGGGAAGGGAUCGGCUCAGCCCCGCCGCCUGGCCAGGCACCAGCAGCUCCCUGAGUGACUUGCAGCUGUUGGUUCCUGCUGGGGCGAGAACGAACCGCUUGCCGUUCACCGUUUUUCCCCCCCGUAACCGGCUGCUUUUCAACGUCCGGGACACGUUGCCGAGUUUCCGCACUGUGGGGCGCCUCUUCGUGAAAAAGAGUCAUCUGUGCUCUUUCCUCCCUACACCAGAACUCUCAUCGGGAACCGCAUUCGCAGCAACAUGAGGAUCCUUGGCUUCGACGUCUCAAUUCCCAUGCCGACGCUCCCGGGAAAUUCUCUCAGACUACUAUGAGUUUCCUUUCAGGGAUUCCUUCUCCGUCCGCACAUUUUCAUGUUGUACAUUUGUUUCGGGUUCCUCUCUAGUUGGCUAAUAUGGGACAAAUACCAAAGACUGUGUCUAGGUAUACGUGAGUAAUUGAAUCUUUUCAACUCGGAGUCUAUAAGUAAGACCCUUGUUAAUUUAUUUUAAAUACAUCUCCGCUAUUCCGUUUCCGACGUUAUAAACUACCUGGCGUAGGGUCUGAUGAGUCUCGUGUGUGCAGCGCCUGGUUGGUGGGAAAGGCAGAAGUGAAAGGACAUCUCUUGAGCUUGCAUUGGGUUGUGCAUUAGGUGGGUUAAAAGUUCUAUUUCCAAUAAUAAACAAACGUGCUCUCAAAAGG